AUGCAAUAUCAAUUGCAGGUCCAAGAAAUUACUCCAUUACAAAAUGCUAUUAUGGAUGUUGUUAUUUUGGUGGGUACACCUCCUAAUACUCAACAACAAUUAGAUAUUAAAUUACCUGCUUCUGCUACAUUAACAGACUUUUUUAAGACUAUCCAAAAUGAAAUGGCAGAAAAGAAAUUAAUUCCAUCUCAAUAUGCUAUUCAAUACAAACAAUAUGAUUCAGUAUGUCAAGUUCCUGUUUUUGCUCUUUUAGAACAGUUUUCAACAAUAGAAAUUAUGACAGAAGAGUUAUAUAAUAAUGCACAAACUGAUCAUAAUCAUAUAGAAUCUCCUAUGGAAAUUGAACCAACACAACCUCUAAUAGAAAAAACUUAUAAUGUUUCUUGCCAUCGUUGUAAGACACGUAAAAAUGAAUGUUUACGAUGUCCUAUUAAUCCAAAACAUAAAUUUUGUGAAGGAUGUAUUACAAAAUAUACUACCCUUGAUAAAUUUCUAAGUGAUGGGUGUCCUAUUUGUCAAAAUAAAUGUCAAUGUGCUUCAUGUAAAAGGAAAGAAUUGAAGCGUUUAGGAAUAGAAGCACCUAUUCCAAAGAGAUGA